UGUACACACGAUGCGGGGAUAUCUUUGCGCCUCGUUGUUUACCACCGCAUGAUACAAAUGAAGGCAGUUCAUGUGAUACGUAACGCGAGGGCGCCCCUAGCGGCGGUCGGGUAUAUUUGCCUCUGAUUGCGCCAGGGUGGACUCCGUGCAGGGGUAGCUCCAAUUAAACCCCCCAGCGUCACAGGUAUCAUACAAAUCGGGCUUUUUAUUCGGAUUCCCGGCCUGCUUUGGUGGUACUGGUAAUGUGCACGACUAGAAAUAACAAACUGGACGAGGAGGAGGGAGGUUGUGUAAUGAAACCACACGUUACCAACCGUUAGAAAUGGGCUCACUGUAUGAUGUGUAACAUUGAGCUGUUUUUUAUUUUAAUUUGAUUCGAAUAAAUUGCGAUUAUUUCUAGUGGUGUUUCAACAAUGGCGCAGUCUGUGCCUGCUCUCCUCCUCUCGGUCCGCCGCUAAUCCAAUGGCUGUUUGCGCCAGGAAGGGCAGGGGUGGGAACGGAACACUGAACCACGUUUCUCCUGGAUACCAACUUGGAAGCCGACCUACCCCCUCAUUUACCUGGGUUAUUUAUGGAAGAGUUGCGCAGCUCAGGUGGUUGCCUUAGCGAUGGACGGGGAGCCAGAACCAAACCCUGCCGUAGCAGAAGAGGCAGGGGAGCGGGUGGAGCCCAUGGACGCCACUCCCUCCCCCGAGCAACAGGCCACGCCCCCCUCCGAGGAGGCUGGGGAGGAAGUUUCCAUGGUAACAGAAGAAGAAGAUGAAGCCACAAAGGAGGGUGGCACAGAUGAUGAUGAUGAUGAUGAUGAUGUGGUUCUCGUAGGGGAGGAGGAUGCCCAGCCUUCUGUCAUAACCCUUUCCCACGACACACCCAGCACAGACUGCCUAGAGCCGGCUGAUGCCGUGGAAACCGUAGACAUGUCCGCGGCAGAGAUGACCCCCAGUUCUCCUGCGUCUUCCAGCACAUCCACGGCGGCAGCACCUCCUAAAACUCCAACCACAGAAGCAGAGCCUAUUGUCAUUGACGAUGAGGAGGACUCUGAGCAGAAGGACGCUUCCUGCACCUCACCAGCGCACCCUGGAGGCUCCUCUGGAUCCCACUCGCCAGGUGCACUCAGCAGCACUGAGCCAGAUUCAGAGAUCCGGAUCGCCAGUGUCACCACACUGGGCCACAGUAGCGAGAAAAGAGGCUCCACCGUUUCUGCAGUACACACUCCGCCACAUGUAGUGGACAUCGAGGAAGACAUGAGCCUGAUGAUCACCUCGGUGACAUCGCUGCAGGCUGGAGCGGCUGCUGUCACAGUGGCAGGUGAAGGCCAGGCAGAGGAAAACGGUCUGCAGAUUAGCAGCGCGUUCAGCCUGAAUCCUGACACCCCAUCUGGUCGACCAACAGCCUCCUUUAACCCUGGGCGGGGCUCAGGCCCCCUGGGCCAGCUGGUACAGAAUGGAGACACGGGGAUGCACAACAGAGCAGACUCGUGGAUCUCCCAGUCGGCUUCAGUCCCCCGCAACCAAAAACAAACGGGGGUCGACUCCCCGUCGGCGGCCACCUCCCUGCCCAAACCUCCAGGCCAGUCUUCCUCAACUACUUCCUCCUCAGGCUCACAGCCACAGCCCAGGACAGUCAAGGUGACCUGUGCAAACUGUAAAAAGCCUCUGAAGAAAGGUCAAACAGCCUACCAGCGUAAAGGCUCCACACACCUGUUCUGCUCCACCACCUGUCUGUCUGCGUUCUCACACAAACCCGCCCCCAAGAAGAGCUGCACCAUGUGCAAAAAGGACAUCACAAACAUGAAGGGUACCAUCGUGGCCCAGGUCGACUCCAGCGAGGCAUUCCAGGAGUUCUGCAGCACGGGUUGCCUCGGUGCAUACGAGAACAAGCAAAACCCGCCAAAAUCAGGCCUCAAAACCAAAUGUACUGUCUGCGGCAAACUCACAGAGAUCCGGCACGAGGUUAGCUUUAAGACUGUGACCCAUAAGAUCUGCAGCGACACGUGCUUCAACGUUUACCGCCGGGCCAACGGCUUGAUCAUGAACUGCUGCGAGCAGUGUGGCGACUACCUUCCCUGCCGCGCGUCGGCCAACCACUUCCUUCUGGUCGAUGGUCAACAGAAACGCUUCUGCUGCCAGAACUGCAUCAAGGAAUUCAAGCAGAUCCACAGUAAACUUGCGAGCUGUCUGACUUGCAAAACGCUGAUCAAGACGGGCGAGGUGCUACACAGCCUCGGGGCGGCCGGCACCAUGGGCUCCUACUGCUCCGUCAACUGCAUGAACAAGGGCAAGCUGGCGUCGACCUCCUUCAUCAACUCAGAGCCCACAUGUCACUUCUGUAAGAGGAAUUCAUUACCGCAGUACCAGGCCACGCUGCCAGAGGGAAACAUCCUCAACUUCUGCAGCUCACAGUGUGUUACCAAGUUCCAGAACACUACUCUUCAAACGACCACCAACGGACAGACGGCCCUCUCCACAACGAACAACGCCGUCCAGCUGAAAUGUAACUACUGUCGAGGAGCCUUCAGCUUGAAGCCCGAAACUCUGGAGUGGGAGGAUAAGGUCUACCAGUUCUGUAGUAAGACGUGCUGUGAGGACUACAAGAAGCUCCACUGCAUUGUGACGUUCUGCGAGUACUGCCAGGAGGAGAAGACGCUGCACGAGAUGGUCAAGUUCUCCGGAGUCAAGAGACCGUUCUGCAGCGAAGGCUGUAAGCUAUUAUUUAAGCAGGAUUUUAUCAAGCGUUUGGGUCUGAAGUGUGUCAGUUGUAACCACUGCAACCAGCUAUGUAAGAAAGGUUUGACCCGGCAGCUCGGCAACAUGACCCGGGACUUCUGCAGCGAGGCCUGCGCCAAGAAGUUCCACGAUUGGUACCACAAGGCGGCGAGGUGCGACUGCUGCAAGGUGCAGGGUGACCUGACGGAGUCUGUGAUGUGGAGAGCAGAGAUGAAGCAGUUUUGUGACCAGGAUUGUCUGUUGAAGUUCUACUGCCAGCAGAACGACCCCAUCAUGGUCACGCAGAAAGGCCCCGAGAACUGCACCCUGGGGUAUGAAAUGCACGGGGCCAAACUUGGGAUGGUGAACCAGGGCACUGUGGCGUACGCUGGUGGAGGUUUGAUGAGAGAUGUCAAGAACAAGGCCGUGCUCUGCAAGCCGCUCACGCUAACCAAGGCUACUUACUGCAAGCCACACAUGCAGAGCAAACUUUUACAGACGGAUGUAGACGAUGGUGUGAAGAGGGAGUAUAUUCCUGUACCCAUACCUGUGCCUGUCUUCAUCCCCGUGCCCAUGAAUAUGUAUGCCCAGAUCACCCCCACUACAGUCACUCUGCCUGUACCGGUUCCUGUGCCUGUGUUCCUGCCCACCACCCUGCACGGGGCAGAGCAGAUCCUCCAGACCCUCAUCGAGCUGAAACACGCGAUGCCCUCUGACUCUCUGGAGGCCGACAUGCUCUCCAUGGCUGAGAUGAUCGCAGAGGACCAGAAGCUAGAUGUGAAGCUGGUGAAGGUGAAGAGGGAGCACGAAGGGGAGGAGGCCUCCAGCAGCAGCUCUGAGGAAGAGGAGAAGAAGGAAGAGGAGAAGGAGGAGGAGGAGAAGGAAGAGGAGAAGGAAGAAGAGGAGAAGGAAGAAGAAAAGGAGAAGAAGGAAGAAAGGGAGGAGAAGAAGGAAGAAAGGGAGGAGGAGGAGAAGAAGGAAGAAAGGGAGGAGGAGGAGGACGACAAGUACCAGCCAGACCUGGACCUGGAGACAGACUUCCCUCAAGCCUCAGACCCUGUUCCUGUCCUGGAGGGGAUGGACGAGGACAUGGGCUUCUCUCUACCUCCAGUCCUGGCUGAGGAGACGGAGGAGAAGGAGGAGCCGGAGGAGUCUGCACCUCGACCGCAGCCCAGGAGACAAGGGAACAAGAGGCAGGCGGUGGAGGAGAGCUCAGAUCUGGCUUCGUCCUCUUCUUCCCAUCCUACAGACAGACACUCAGAAGGACGGUCGCUGCCUCUCAAAGCUCGUUAUGGCAUCAACGCCUGGAAGCGCUGGGCGCUGUCUCCUUCUGACCAAUCAGAUGACACCAAAGUAAAGAACAGCUCCAAACCAAGCCGGUCCAAAAGGAACCUGCUGUCGCUGAGUUCAGACGAGCUGAACGUGGCUCUGUCUCAGUUCGUCAGGGAGGUCUGCAGGCCCAGCGGGGAGCGCUACUCUCCCGAUAGCAUCCUCUACCUCUGUCUGGGGAUCCAGCAGCAUCUUCACACCAAAGGCCGGAAAGAUGAUCUAUUUAGUGACUCGUGUUACCAGCAGUUUGGAGAGGAGCUCAACAAAGUCCUGAAGGACUGGCAGCCCAGCGUGCUUCCUGAUGGUUCGCUGUGGGGUCGCGUGGAGGAGCAGAGCCUGUGGAGCAGCCGGCAGCUCGGGGAGCAGAGUCCGGCCGCUCUGCUGCGCUCUCUGGUUUACCUGAACACCAAAUACUUCGGCCUGCGCACCGUGGAGCAGCACCUCCGUCUCUCCUUCGCCAACGUCUACGGCCCCGACAGCGUCCAUCCUGUCACCAAGGAGACCACCGUGUGCAUCCGCGUGCCUUCCAUCUCUCAGGAUCACAGCGUGCAAACAGAGUCGAGGAAGAGGAAGCGUAAGUUGGAGGACGGCGAUCAGGACUUUGAGCCAGACGACGACUCGGGAGGCUCCUCUGUACGCUGCCCGGUGAAGAAGCACGAGUGUCACCUUUACGACCUCUACAGGUCCAAGUGCCCGGCGUUGUUGCAGGAGCGUCUAGACGUCUUCUACGUUCAGCCGGAUCCGUCCUGCGGUCCCGACGACCCGCUGUGUUUCAGCUCCGCACCGCUGGAGCGACAGAUCCUGGAGAGCCUCCUCACCCGAGUCCUCCUGGUCAGGGACGUUUACACAGACAAACAGCACCCAGAGGAAGACGAGGAGGAAGAGGACGGGGCUGAAGCAGUUGGGACAGAGUAGCAGCCACUUUGACUUCUGUUAGCAGAGCCUGAACACUCAGUGGAGGAGGAAGCGGAGUAUAGCUAGUAGUGUGUGUGUGUGUGUGCUCCUCCCCCGUCUUACCCUCCUCGCUGACUUUGUUUCCUCCUGGUGAGGGGCCUCCACCACCGAGAACUUGAUGAAGUAGAGGAGGAUGAAGCGCAGCCCAAACUUUUACUUUUGCUGAUAGAUUCCCAAACAGGAGCGGAGGAAGAGGGGCACAAAUGAGUCCUGAUGUGUGAGCUAGUUGGGAUUAACAGGAGGAUGAGGAGUAAGAGAUGAAGGCGGUGACAUUUGUUCUUGUGGUCGAACAAAAGCAAAAUCAGGUAGAAGACAAAGUGUGUCGACGGUCAUCGUGGCAUCUUUGAAAAGAUAGGAUGUGCUGCUGAGGGCCGGACGAGCUUAUAGUGCUCAGACGAGCAGCUUAACAAUAUUUAAACUCUUAACGCAGAAUCAUGACGGUGAUCAGCAGCCAGCGGGAGGCGAAGGGACAGCGUGUCGGGGGUGCAGGAUCCUUCUGGGCCAAUAUUCACAACUGUUCCCAAUUAAGCACUUAAUCGUGCUGCUCUAUAUUUCCAGUUUCUAUUUUAAUAAAGGAUGUUACAUCACUUAAUAUUCUACAGCAGAACAAUAUAUUUGCACUGGUGGAUCAUUCAGGUGUCGAAUCCAACGGCACGUCCACUUCUCUUUGUGGGGUUUUUAAAAUGCCUCCUGAUGGUCAAACGAAUAUUUGGUUUUGCACAUUUAAGAUUUAAACAUAGUGCACACGGUUGGUUUGUUAAACUCCUGCAGAAUGUACCGGAGGUGUGGGUUUUAAACAACCUGCAGGAGUUCUCGAGCAGAAUCCCUUUGACAUAUUAAAAGUUAUUUUAGUCUGUUUCAUCACUUACAUUAUCACUGCAGCGGCACUCUUGUGCACGGUUUAGAUUAUAAUGGCUGCUUUAAUAAAAGAAACAUCUUUUGGACACAUUUCAUAGGACAGGAAAGUUAUGAGUGCACCUUUUUAUAUGCUGGAAAUAUCAUGAGGUCAGUGUACCAAUCUGAACGGGACGGGCACUCGGAGUCCCCAAAGCCUCUCGCAAUGUACACAAGUGGAAGUAUAUGUAUCUGCUUUUCUCCUUGGUCCAUGCUACAUGCUUCCAAGUUACAGUAAAAUUGGGCCUGUAGUUUUCCCAUAACCCUGCAGACAAACCUUUUUGCCGGACGGAAUAAGAAUCACGCUGUACAUCGUCCCGCCUAAAUGGUAGUAAAGGGAUCUUAUCAAGUAAAAUGAGUGAAACCACCCGUGUAGGUAUGUGUAACCUUUUUUUACGGUUCUUUAUUGGCCUUGAGUGUGUGUCGAUUGUCAGUAUUUUAAAAGUGAUGCUAUGUAGAGCUGACUUUCAAAGAUUAUAAUGGGAAUAUUGCCAUGUUGGUUCUAUCCAUUGCUUUUUUUACUUCAUGAAGAUGGAAGUUGUGACAUAAAGACCGACGGCCUCCCAGAGCAGCGUCCUGGUGUCGCACAUCUCCAUUAUAACUGGGCUGCUGUCAUUCCUUCCCAUCAUCCCGCUCACUGCUCUUCCUCUGUCGGUGCUGCUCUCAGGCGAACCCGGUUCCACCACAGAGGACUUCAGGAGUCAGGACUGAUCCCAGGACAGUCGAAAGAGGACUCGAGUUCUCGUCUCACAACCCUGACUCGCUGUGGUGCGGGUUAAAGGCAACCUACCGACAUGCUGCGUUUCUUUAUACGACAUUAGGGGAACUUUCAUUCAUGCGAUGUAGCAUUAUGUGCGUACUAAACCCAGAUUGGGAUGCUUUCGAAGUGUAAAUAUCUGCAACAAGGCGGUUAUUUGUCAACACAGAGGGACAAACUGAAACCUUCAGCGUGAAAGAAAACGCCUCCCGAGAAGCCUUUUUUAAAAGUGGUUAUUUAUUUAUCUUAUUACUUUGACUGAAUCAUGUUUACGUUGGGAUGGGAUUUCUGUGGGUACCAUUUCCUUCUCAAGCUCUUCGCCUCUUGUCUGUUUUAAAAAGAUUGUUUGUGCAGAACGCUGCUGAACAUGAAAGAUUAUUCAGUUCAACACUAUUUUUGUGAGAAUUUCCUUUCUGCUUUUGUCCGUGUGUUUGUACUCUCCGGCUUAUAUCAGUUAUUCUUAGUCUCCUUUUAAAACUUAAUAUCGGUUUAUUUAAAAACUGAGUACUUUUUAAUAAGUGCCCUCUUCUUCUUCCAACCUGCUUUAGAGUGCUAGCACUGCAGAGCUUAUAAUGUAAUGAAACUGGUUGGACGUCUGAACUAAACUCAUGUUUUACACCAUCAAUUGUUUGCUUUCUUUGAUUUUUUUAUUUGGUUAAAUUCCUUUUUUUUUUUUUUUUUUUUUUACUUCAUUUGGAGUUUUAUUUACAUUUGGAUUGUUUCAAGACAUUAGAGAAAAAGUGUCGAGUUUCAAAUCUAAAUUUUCAUUUAAAUACGGAGAAUAAUGUGAGACGUACACCCAAACAAGAUGUGUGUUUCGACAAGUGCUCAAACUAUAAGGAACGCCCUCCAUCAACACAAAGGGACAUUUCUCCUGACUGACAGUUAUUUGUUCUGGAGGGAAGGUGUUCCUGUUAUUUUGUACACUCGUGCAGCGUAACAUUUGAGCAACGAAGGUUUUAGUGGAUUUUUAGAGGGCACGACACUGAUCUACCUGACACCAGAUCAGAGGACCCGGGUUAACGUGGCCGAUUUCUUUUCCUGCUGGACUCGGCGGCAGUGACCGAACCUGCCGCACGUUUGGACCCACAGUAGACUCUGUGGCUGGCUGUAACGCCUAAUGUGAAUGUGCCUAUCUGUAUAUACUGAAAGUGAGUGAUUGUGACUUGAGUCUGAUGCUAUGUGUGUGGGCUGAUCUGCUGAUAUGAUCAUGUUAAAUAAAUGAUUUCAUUUUCUAACCGGA